AUGAAGGUAUUUGUCGCCCUGUUUGCCGUGAUUGCCGUGGCCAGCGCCAUCGGUGACUAUCACCAGCACGUCUACCAGCACGAACCAACCGGUAAACCGAUCCCGAUCGUGCACAGUGAGUCGAUCAGCAACCACGAUGGUAGCUACAAGUUCGGCUACGAAUCGGCCAACGGUAUCGCAGCUCAGGAGCAGGGCUUCGUCAAGAAUGGUGGCAGCAAGGAUCACGAGGUCCAGGUCGCUCAUGGUUCCUUCUCGUACACCGAUCCCCACGGACACCCGGUGUCGGUCAGCUACGUUGCCGAUGAGAACGGAUUCCAGGCCAAGGGAUCACACAUCCCAACCCCACCGCCAGUGCCGAAGGAGCUGAUCGAUGCUUACGCCAAGGCCGCCAGCCAGCCGCAGCACCAUGAGCCGGAGCCACAGCACUACGUCCCGCAGCCCCAGGCUUACGGCAAGCACAGCUACUAAGCACGGC